UAUUGUUACUGUUAUUACUGUUAUUAUUGUUAUUAUUGUUGUUAUUAUUGUUGUUGUGGUGGUGGUGGUUGUUGUUGUUAUAAUUUGGAAAGUUAAGCCCUAAGUCACUUGAAACAACCAACCAGCCAUUUCCUAAUAAAACUUCAUAUUAAUGAAUAUGACAGUUGGUGCUCACACCAAAUACUGACUGGCUUUAUUUUUUCACAGAAAACUACAAUUUAAAGUUGUUGUUUGUUUUACUUUUUUAUGGAUAUUAAAAAUAUAAUACAUCUUGGAAAAAGUAUGUAAGUUGUACACAGGCGAGCGUACGAGCUUACACAUGCAUACACAAGCUGGAAUGUUAUAUGGUGACGAAAUGGUUAACAGAGAAAUCUGUCUUUAUGCUCCUCCUCUUUCUCUCUCACAUACAAAGUCAGAACGCCACUCCUCAUUUCGGAGAUAACGAACCUCAAGGUUAAGUAAAAGUCUCACGCUCUUCGUUUUGAGUUCAAGAAAAUGGCCGAGGUCAGAAUUUUACUAGAUCGGUUAAUCUGUCUAGUGUGUCUGGAUCCCCUGACGGUUCCAGUAACGACCGACUGUGGUCACAAUUUCUGUAUGACCUGUAUUAAUGAAUACUGGGAUCAGGAGGAUCAGAGGGGAGUGUAUAGCUGUCCUGAGUGCACAGUCAAGUUCACUCCGAGGCCUAAUUUACGAAAAAACAUUUUGCUGACUGAAGUGAGUGAUUCAGUGAAGAAGACUGUCCAGGGUGCUUCUCCUGCUCACCGUUACGCUGGACUCAGGAGAAAGGUAAAGGAGGAACAGAUGAAAUUCGAGGGGAGAAUCCAGGAGAAGCAGGAGAAGGUGCAGGAGCUGAGACAGGCUGUGGACACUGUAAAGCUCAGUGCACAGACAGCAGUGGAGGACAAUGAGAGGCUCUUAAUUGAGAUGAUCAGCUCCAUGGAGAAGAUGUACUCAGAGGUGAUGGAGCUGAUCAUAGCUCAGGAGAAGAAUGAACUGAGUCGAGCUGAACGACUCCUGGAGCAGGAGAUCACUGACCUUCAGAGGAGAGUCACUGAGCUGGAGCAGCUUUCACAGAUAGAUGAUCACCUCCACUUCCUCCAGAGUUUCCAGUCUCUCCAUUUCUCUUCUGGAUGCGAUUACUCAUGCAGGAUCACUGCCAAUCAAGAUCUCUCAUUUGAUGGAGUGAGGAAAUCUCUCUGUGAUCUGAAAAAGAGAAUUGAGGAAGUCUGCCAGGAAGAAUUCACCAAAAUCCCUCAACAUGCUGCAGCAGUUCAGAUCAUUUUACCUUCAGAACCAAAGAGCAGAGAAGAUUUUCUGCAGUAUUUCUGUGAUCUGACUCUGGAUCCCAACUCAGCAUAUUAUCACCUCAUUCUGUCUGAGACGAACAGAGAAGUGAUGUACAGUGAGAGAAGGCAGAACUACUCUGAUCUUUCAGAGAGAUUUGACAAGAGGCCUCAGGUGUUGAGUAAGGAGAGUGUGGGUGGACGCUGUUACUGGGAGGUGGAGAGGCGCCGUGAUGGUGUGGACAUAUCAGUGUCAUAUAAAGACAUCAGCAGGAAAGGAAGGGGUAAUGAGUGUAAGUUUGGAGGCAACAAUCAGUCCUGGAGUCUGCAGUGUUCUGGUUUAUAUUCCCUCACUUUCUUUCACAACAACAUUGAGACUGAUCUCGGAGUUCCAGCACCCUCCAGAAUAGGAGUGUAUCUGGAUCACAUUGCAGGAACUCUGUCCUUCUACAGCGUCUCUGACCCGAUGACGCUCCUCCACAGAGUCUGCACCACAUUCACGCAGCCUCUAUACGCUGGUAUCGGGCUCCACUAUUUGUUUGAUACUGUGAGAUUUUGUGAUCCAUAAGUAUGUGUGUAAUGUUUUAUGUAUAAUUCCACGCGUUUCCGUUCUACACACGUUUCUGAUUUAAACACUUAAACACACACACACACACACACACAUAAAUUCACACACAAAACAUACACGCACAAACGCACACACAAGCACAGACAUGCACAAACACACAGACACAAAAAACAAAAACUCAGACACACAAACACGCAUACACACACACUCAGACACGCACACAAAAGCAUAGACACACAAAAACAAAGAAACACACACAUGAACACAAGCGCACUCACAAACACAAAAACAUGCACACACACACACACACACACACUGUCUCACUCUCCACAUCAAUAUCAUAUAAAUAUAUAUAAGCUCCUCCACAGAAAUCACACCACAUUCAAUCUGCCUCUAUACGCUGGGUUUAUGCUCGACUGUUAUGGAUCAACUCUUGAGAUUGUGAUCCAAAAUAAACUGGUGGUGUUUUUUUACUUUUCAUAUGUUAAUAUGUUCAUACUUUUCAUUGUUUCUGAAUAUAUGUUGUAUUAAAAAUAAUACAGUUGA